AUGGGGUCAAAUCCAUCUGAUAUACUGCUUUUGGCACAAAUGCUAAAACCUGAGGAUGAAAAUUCUACGGAUAGCGAAGACGAUUUACCAGCACCGGGGAAACAAAAACUUGGUCCUGGUAAUAUAUGUCCAAAAAAGCCUAAACCAAUUAUAAGACCUACUGACAAGAAUGCUGUGAAGGGUGAAGGUAAAUCUUGUGAAGAAAUUAGGGAAUAUGAAGACCAAUUAUUGACUGUUGAAGACGAAAGUUCUUUUGGAGACAAAGCAACACCUGAAUAUAAUAUUGUGUAUAAACAGGCAGUGACUAGCGAGGAUGUAUUUUUACAGAUGACUUGUAAGACUCCAGCAACUUCAAGCUGCGAAGACAUGAUUCUGACCAUCAAUUUACCAGGAGAGACUUCAGACAGUGUCGAUUUAACUUUAACAAAAACUCAUUGUAUAGUCGAUGCUAGAAAAUUUCGACUUAAUAUGCCUCUACCUCAUGAAUGUGAUCCUGAUUUGUGUAAAGCUCAAUUUGUUUCGGAUCUCGAACAACUCAAAUUAACAAUACGUAUGAUUAGGGAAUUUGACUUUGUUAAUUUUUAA